AUGGCGGCCACUUUGCUUGGUCUCUGUGCCUUGCUGGCUGCACCAGCGGCUGCGGCUUUGUUCCCAGACUGUGCCAAUGGACCACUUGCAAACAACACCGUCUGCGACACGACCGCGUCUGUGGCUGCUAGAGCUAGAGCACUGGUCGAUGCCUUGGACAUCGACGAGAAGUUCAACUUGACGGGAAGCACGUCCCCGGGAGUGCCCCGGCUAGGACUGUACAGCUACCAGUGGUGGCAGGAAGCACUGCACGGUGUUGCAAGCUCGCCGGGAGUGACUUUCGCUCCGAACGGAGACUACUCCUACGCGACUUCAUUCCCGCAGCCGAUUCUUAUGGGAGCGGCCUUUGACGAUGCCUUGAUCCAUGCCGUUGCGACUGUGGUCAGUACGGAAGCUCGAGCCUUCAACAAUGCCAACCGAAGCGGCUUGGACUUUUGGACUCCGAACAUCAACCCAUACAAAGAUCCGAGAUGGGGUCGCGGACAGGAAACACCUGGCGAGGAUCCGUUCCACCUGAAGAGUUACGUCGCUUCUCUCAUCAGCGGCCUCGAAGGGAGUCCGGACUCAAAAUUCAAGAAGGUGAUAGCCACUUGCAAGCAUUUCGCGGCCUAUGACCUUGAGGACUGGGGAACCACGGACCGCUACAACUUUGACGCCCAAGUCAACACCCAAGAGCUGGCUGAAUACUACAUGCAACCCUUUCAGACCUGUGCGCGAGAUUCCAACGUUGGCUCGAUCAUGUGCUCGUACAACGCGCUGAAUGGGGUGCCUACCUGCGCUGAUCCGUACAUCCUUCAGACGCUUUUGAGAGAACACUGGAACUGGACCGGCGAAGGUCAGUACGUCACCUCGGACUGCGAUGCCAUCCAGAACAUCUAUAUGCCUCAUGACUAUACGGCGACACGAGAGCAGGCGGUCGCCGAAGCACUAAAGGCGGGCACUGACCUCAACUGCGGCACAUACUACCAGACUCAUCUCCUGGUGGCCUACGACCAGGGCCUCUUCGACCAAAGCGUGAUCGACCAAGCCUUGAUCCGCCUGUACUCGUCGUUAAUCAGGGUCGGAUAUUUCGAUCCUGCGUCAGCAACCCCAUACCGGUCGCUCGAUUUCAGGAACGUGUCCACUCCCGAGUCGGAGGCUUUGGCACUGAAAGCCGCCGAAGAGGGCAUCGUCUUGUUGAAAAACGAUGGGAUUUUGCCUCUGUCGCUGCCCUCUGGCAGGAAAACCAACAUAACGCUGCUCGGCGGAUGGGCCAAUGUCACCACUCAACUUCAAGGCAACUAUUUUGGCGUUGCCCGGUUCCUCCAUGCGCCACUCUACUCCCUGCAACAGUUGCCAAAUGUCAACGUCCGGUACGCAAGCAGUCAAGGCAGCAUCCAGUUUCCCACCACCGGCAACUGGGAGCAAUUGGUCGCUGCAGCUGAGAACACCGACCUUAUCAUUGUGGCUGACGGAAUCAACACCAACGACGAAAGUGAGAGCAACGACAGAUACGACAUCAGCUGGUCACCUGGCAAGAUCGACCUGAUCAACCAAAUCGCCACCCUGGGCACGCCGGUCAUUAUCCUCCAAUUCGGAGAUCAGCUCGACAACACACCGUUCCUGAACAACCCCAACAUCUCAGCCAUCCUUUGGGGAGGGUAUCCCGGCAUGGCUGGAGGCGACGCCGUCGUCAACAUUCUCACCGGUAAGACCAAGCCGGCCGGCCGGCUGCCCGUCACACAAUAUCCCAGCGACUACGUCAACCAGGUCGACAUGACGGACAUGAACCUGAGGCCCAAUGCUUCGUCUGGCAAUCCUGGCCGGACCUACAAGUGGUAUGACAACGCAGUCCUGCCAUUCGGAUAUGGCUUGCACUAUACGAAUUUCAGCGUGGAUGUCGUCGAGUCAAGCCAGACUACGUACAACAUCUCACAACUGGUUUCCAGCUGCGACCGGUCACAGUACAAGUACCUUGACCUCUGCCCGCUCGACUCGUUCCAGGUCAACGUCACCAACACCGGUUCGGUGGCAUCGGACUUUGUCACCCUCGGCUUCAUCAGCGGCCAGAACGGGCCUCAGCCAUACCCGAUCAAGGAGCUGGUGGCAUAUCAACGACUAUUCAACGUCACCGGGGGUUCCUCGCAGACCGCCACCUUGAACCUGACGUUAGGGAGCAUUGCUCGCCGUGAUGUCAAUGGCGACCAGAUCUUGUAUCCUGGUGAUUACGGCUUGUUGGUCGAUGUGCCGACGCAGGUGACCUGGAAUUUUACUCUGAGUGGCAGUCCAGCGACGUUGGAUCAAUGGCCUCAAAGAUCUACUUAG